CAGUUGCUUAUAAAUAUUAACCAUGCUUUUGAAUCCUCUAUCGUAUGACAACAGCGAAGAUGCUCAACAGGCUAAAGAGUUGGAACUGCAAGGUGUCCACAGUGCAGAGGCAGGUGACAUAGACUCCGCAAUCAGCUUCUUCAACAAGGCUGUCCAGGUGGCACCAGAGAGGGCGUCCUGCUACAACAACCGAGCCCAGGCCUUGCGUCUGAAGGGAGAUGUCAUUGGUGCCUUUGAAGAUCUGAAUCAUGCCAUUGAGCUGAGCGGGGGGCGUGGCAAGGCGGCCUGCCAAGCCUACACCCAGCGGGCACUCAUCAACCGACUUGAGGGGCAUGAUGACGAAGCACUGAGUGAUUUCAAGAUGGCCGCUUGCCUGGGGAGUGCGUUUGCGAGGUCGCAGGUUGUAAGGAUGAACCCCUAUGCGGCCAUGUGUAACCAGAUGCUGUCCGAUGUCAUUGGGCGGCUAAAAGCUGGGGAAUAUCAAGAUUAAGAACUAUGCAACUCAUAUGAAGCAAGAUACGAAUACGGAGAGACCCCCCCUGCUUUGUGUUGGUCAUUGUUUUAGUGGAAUCUGAGGGAUUCUUUUCAGACAUCUAAGGGGAUGUGUUACAAGUAGUCUGUAGUGUGCAUAGCGAUUGGGCAUGUUGGGGGGGAGUACCCCUUGGUCUCAUUUCUUGCUGGAUGUGAUGUAGCUUUGCCCAAUCAGUGGGCGUGGUUCUAGAUGAGAAUAAGGGGACUGAGUUUGCUCGGUUGCCUGUGUUCAGUGAAGGGGUGGGUAGAGCACAGAAACCUGUUCGUUGGAAAGGGGAAUUUCGGAAGUAACGUCGCUUAUCAAAGGUGUCUUUUAUUUCUUUUCACACUUUAUUUCUCAAAUGAUUAAGCUCGCCCGAGUAUGGCACCGAUGCAAACAUAUGAAUUGUAAAAUAUUGCAAGUGUAAAUUUAUGAAAGCCUUACUUGGCUUCUUAAGAGUAUCAAGCAAAGUGUUAACCUUUCAUCAAGGCCUUCUUGGCAGUGUAUAACCGCAAAGCGACUGGAGAGGAGACCACAUACACGUGCAGCUCAGCACAAGAGCCUUUUCCAACUUGUCAGGAAUUUCUUAUGUUUUUCUUUAUGUUUUCAAUUUAAUCCCAACCAAUCAUAAGCAAGGGGGGUCAGCAUACAUUAACCUAGUAUGCAAAUUGAAAGUAUACGAAAGAUGGCAGGUGUCAGUGGCCGUGAGUGCAGGUCAGUUGUCUGAUCAGUAUUUGGACAGUUCUUCUGCUGGAAACUUUCACCUUGCCGAGUUUAAACCAUUGCAGCGUUGGGCUACUGAAUUAUCUGUACGCGAGCGUGACACUUUCGUCUCUGCCCACGGGAUAUGGAAACACAAAAGUAAGAGCUGUAUUUCAAGCACUGCCGUUUUGCUUUGACCAUUCGGCCUUGAUGAACUGCUACUUGCUAGUGUUACUCCAACGUCAGCACCAUCCCCCACCAACAAGCGUCAUAGUUGUCAUCUCACCACUUAUUGCCCUCAUCAGUGAAAAACCAGAUGGAAACAUUGCAUAAGCUUUGGAGUUGAUGCCGUUUAUUUUGGAGACUGUGCUUUGACUGUUUACAUGAAAUUUAUGAAUAAUGCCUAUCAGAAAGCUUAUGAAUAAGUCACCACAAAAACCUCAAAAUCAAGUUG